AUGAGUAACCCGUUCAUGAAAUACAUUGAUCUAUUUCAAUAUCUAGCCACAUGCCCAGCAGUGGAGGGCCCAGAACGAGGCAAUGUUACUGUGACAACCACAGGGGCGGUGACGUCAGCAGUUUAUUUGUGUCAAGACAACUACACAUUGUGGGGAGAUGACACGAGGGUAUGCCAAGCAGAUGACACCUGGUCUGGAUCAAAGCCUUCCUGCAAUUGUGCGAGCCCGCCAGUCCCUGCAAACGGUGCUGUGACGGUAUCCACGGACGGCAGUACGGCGACGUACACGUGUCAGCUGGGGUAUACGUUGUCGGGGCUCGCUACACGUGCAUGUAUAGACGGUAACGCAUGGGAGGAUGCAGACCCUGGGUGUGUGAAAUGCGAUACACUGCAAAUCGUCACCGGACAGACGUCAGUGAUGUCAACAAACAACACAAUGACGUCCGUGAGUUUCACGUGCGCGAAGGGAUACACGCUGAACGGAACGUUACAGCUCACGUGCUCAUCUUCGGGGCAAUGGAAUGGACUUCAACCUCAAUGUGUUAUAUGUGACGUGCUCACUAACCCAGCCAGUGGGACGUUGACGUCGACGUCAGACGGUAGCGUCACCACGGCAACGUACGCGUGCAGCAGCGGGUACACGUUAGAAGGCGACGACACGCGCACCUGUCAGCUAGACGGCUCCUGGACAGGCGUCAUGCCUUCAUGCACGUGUAAUGCCCCGUCCGCGCCUGCCAGCGGAACUGUGAGGUCUAACGGUACUGUGGCCACUUACACCUGCACACAGGGCUACACCAUCAACGGCCCGUCGACGCGCAACUGUCAGACGGACGGUUCUGGUUGGAGCGGCGCUAAUCCAACUUGCACAUUGUGCCAGACGUUGACCACCGUCACCGGAGGAUCUUACACAAUGGUGACGUCAGGAACGGUAACGUCAGCAACGUAUACUUGUAACGUCGGUUACUCACUUGACGGCGCGUCGUCCAUCGCAUGCGAGUCGUCUGGUUCGUGGAAUAACGUACAGCCAAAGUGUGUACAAUGCCCUACACUGACGGAUCCCUCCAGCGGCACGGUUGCUUUGACGAGUUCCGGUUCGAAAACAAGUGCGACAUACGCAUGCGCGUCCGGAUAUAACCUCAACGGAAACACGAUCAGACUGUGUAACUCGGACGGUACUUGGAGCCUCGUAGCUCCCACGUGCACAUGCCAGGCCCCGCUGACGCCUGCAAAUGGCGACAUGACACAUGACGGCUCCACGGCCAGCUACUCCUGUCACCUGGGAUACUCCCUCGCCGGACUUUCUUCGCGCACGUGCGGCACAGACAGCAGCGGCUGGUCCGGAAGUAACCCCUCUUGCAGUGUGUGUGCAACCUUGAACUACCCUACCGGUGGAAGUGUAAGCAUGAGCACCGACGGCAUAAACACGCAGGCCGAUUACACGUGCAACUCUGGAUAUACGCUCAACGGUGCCGCAACAAUCGCCUGUCGCAGCGACGGCACGUGGAACUUCGCGGCGCCUAUGUGCGCGAAAUGCCCGGACCUGUCAGAUCCAAGAAGCGGUACUGUCACCGUCAGUACGACAGGAGGCGUUACCACUGCGACUUACGCGUGCCAGACCGGAUAUUAUAUCAGCGGAAACUAUCUGCUCACGUGCCAGACAACCGGAAGUUGGGACAACACAUCACCCACGUGCAAGUGCAACUUCCCCUCGACGCCGAGUAAUGGGGCGGUGUCGGUGUCCGACAGUACCGGCGGAACCACCGCCACGUACAGCUGUCUCGUCGGCUACUCGUUGUCGGGACUGGCCAGCAGGCUCUGUAUGGCGGACGGCUCCGGAUGGCAGGGCGCCGACCCCAUCUGUGUUGUGUGCCAGACCAUCUCAACCCCGACGGCCGGGACGUAUAGUCUGAGUACGAGCUCUACCAACACUAAAGUGACGUUUACAUGUAACGUUGGAACGACCUUAGAAGGCAACAGCGAGCUCGUCUGUCAGUCAGAUGGCACUUGGAAUAACGCCCCGCCUACAUGUGUUACAUGCGACACGCUCAUCGACCCUAACAGCGGCUCUGUAACACUGUCGAGCUCGGGCCUGGCAACCACGGCAACGUUCUCGUGCGUGACUGGCUACACGUUGACGUCAACAGCAACCUUGACCUGUGGCGGUGACGGAACGUGGGACCUGCCGAGUCCGAACUGCGUUUGUUCAUCACCACCUCUGGUGACCAACGGAGGUUUCAACGUUACUGCCGAUUUUGCUAUUGUGAGCUACACGUGCAACGUCAAUUACGUUCUGGUUGGUUCUGAAACACGCACCUGCCAAAGUGACGGCACCGGAUGGAGCGGCCUCGCCCCAACGUGCGACAGGUGUGCGUCCCUUGCACACCCUAGCGGUGGAACUGUGACGGCCACCAAGCACGGGGCAACGACAAGUGCCCAUUACACAUGUGUGGUGGGGUACACGUUAGACGGAGCAUACUUCCGGGAGUGUCAACCAGGCGGCUCCUGGUCACCGGCAGACCCGCCAACAUGCGUAUAUUGCGCUAAUAUCGGGAUACCCUCAAGUGGCGACGUAAAAUUGUUUUCGGACGGACUUACAAGUCAAGCAAACUCGACGUGUGGUCUUGGAUAUCACCUUGUUGGUGACGUCACACGCACCUGUCUGACGUCAGGAGUGUGGAGUGGAACAACACCAGCAUGCGAAUGUAACGAUCCCACUCAACCUGAGCACGGGUCCGUGGUAGCUGACGGACUAACAGCAAAUUACACGUGCAGUCAGGGUUACUCACUGGCCGGGUCAGCCAUGCGCACGUGUCAGUCUGGCGGACUGGGCUGGAGCGACAGUGACCCAACCUGUGAGAGCUGCGGUCCGCCCGCUGCUCAAGCAGGCAUAAACCACGUGCUGGGAGCCAACGGUGUGCAGACGUUCUCUGACGUUAGCUGUGACGUAGGCUACACGUUGUCUGGUGACGUCAGAGUAUACUGUAACGGGGGCGUUUGGGAUACCUUACCGACUUGCACUCUGUGUGACGUUCUUCCGCCACCUGGCAGUGGGGACGUGACGUUGUCGACAACUGCACUCGUGACGUCAGCGACUUAUAUCUGUGACGUUGGGUACAGCUUGCAGGGCACGGAAACUCGCACCUGCCGGGAUGACGGCUCAUGGGACCUGACAGCACCCACAUGUUCUUGCAAUUCCCCUCCGAUGCCCCAACACAGCUUCAUGACGGCUAACGGCUCUCACGCGACGUACAUCUGUGACGUUGGCUACUCACUGGAAGGCGACCGAGUGCGCGUUUGCGCAAAUGACGGCUCCGGUUGGAUCGGUACAGACCCUGAAUGCACGCCCUGUCAGACAAUUUCAACUGCUGUCGGAAGGAUGGUUUCUCUGUCAACGGAUGGCCUUGAGACAACCGCGUCCUUCACCUGUACGGUGGGGUAUACCCUGAAUGGCCAGGGCAACAUCACCUGUAGAAGUGAUGGAUCCUGGGACUUCAGUGAGCCGGUUUGUGAAACAUGCCCGAUCCUGAACGUCCCAACGAGUGGCGACGUUACCAUGACGACGGAUACCAUGACCACUAAGGCCACGUUUAGCUGUCUCCCUGGUUACUUCCUGAGCGGAACGGAAACUAUCACGUGCCUUACUUCAGGUUUAUGGAGAUACAACGAGCCUGUGUGCAGAUGUGUGGCGCCAUCUGCUCCGCUUCAAGGUAGCGUGGAAAUUGAUGACAACUCUUUUGGUCAAUAUGCCAACUACACGUGCAAUCUCGGCUACGUCAUAUCAGCUUUAGGCACAAGACGCUGCAUGGAUGACGGAACGGGUUGGGAGGCGACAGAUCCCACGUGCGAGCGCUGCACCAGCCUUUCCAAUCCGACGGGCGGCAGUGUUGCGCAGUCUACAGACGGACAGACAACCACGGCAAAUUACACGUGUGUGGUGGGAUACUCGCUGAAGGGGUCCAACAUCCGGGUCUGCCAGGUUGACACUUCGUGGCAACCCUUGGCACCAACUUGUGCAUAUUGUUCUAAUCCUGGGACCCCAGCAAGUGGAUCUGUGGACCUGACCACUGACGGAGUCACGAGCGUUGUCACUUACUCGUGCGCGACCGGAUAUACGCUGAAAGGCGCGGCAACGCGUGUGUGCCUCACAACAGGCGUAUGGGACGGAUUGACACCCACAUGUGAGUGCGAGGUGCCCGCUACCCCACUGCACGGGACCAUGGUGUCUGACGGAAAAACAGCUAACUACACGUGCGACGUCGGGUAUGCGCUUCAAGGGCACAUAAUCCGCACUUGUAGCGUUGCCGGGACCGGAUGGAGCGACACCGAUCCAGUUUGCACGCAAUGCAGCCCCCUGGCAGCCCCCAAUGGCGGGUCCUACACAUUGAAUUCAACGGGCACACAGACGUUUGCACUGUUCACGUGCGAAAAGGGUUACACCAUGUCCGGUAUAAGCAAGACGUACUGCAGCAGCAGUGGCGGCGCCUGGGAGACACCACCCACAUGUUCCAUGUGCCAUCCGCUGCUAACCCCGGACAGCGGGACUGUUGACCUGGCGUCCACGGGUUACGCCACCCUGGCGAAGUACGCGUGCGCUCUGGGCUACACUCUGGCGGGGGCGAGACAGAGGGUGUGUCAAGUAGACGGAUCAUGGGACCUGGAAACGCCAUCUUGCUAUUGUAACUCCCCGACGGUGCCACAGCACGGAUCAAUGACGGCAAACGACUCCCACGCGACUUACACGUGCGGCGUAGGAUACUCGUUGCAAGGCGACCAUCUGCGUGUAUGCGCAAAUGACGGUUCCGGUUGGAGCGGAGCUGACCCUGAAUGCACAACAUGCUUGACGAUCUCAAUCCCAAGUGGCGGCGCCGUGAUUCUCGAUACUGACGGCGUGGAAACGUCGGCGUCAUUUACCUGUAUACAAGGUUAUACGUUGAACGGUCACGUGACUAUAACGUGCCGUGGAGACGGGACGUGGAACUUUAGUCCGCCACAGUGUGUUUCCUGUCCUACACUUUCAAGCCCGGCAAGCGGUAACGUGUCGUUGACCUCAAACACGCUGGUGACGAUGGCGACAUUCGCCUGUGAUGCCGAUUAUUACCUGAGUGGACAGCGGACCGCUACGUGCACUUCAGCUGGUCAAUGGAGCAACCCCUCACCCACAUGCAAAUGUAACUCACCGGGUGCGCCACUGCACGGUAGUAUGUACAUCACGGAGACUUCCGGCUUCCAGGUGGCAAACUACGGAUGCGCCCUUGGUUACAGCAUUUCCGGCCUAACCCAGCGGCGUUGCCUUGAUGAUGCUAGUGGCUGGGAGGAUGUGGAUCCUUCAUGCACUUCAUGCGAUACAAUAACUACAACACCAGAGCUGACGGUUGUCAAAAGCACAAACGGUAGUUCCACACGUGCAUUAUAUGCGUGCGCCUUGAACUACACGUUGUCUGGAGAGCACGUGCACACGUGUACAUCCACGGGAGUGUGGAACCACCAAAAGCCUAUUUGUGUCUUAUGUUCCACGAAGUACGACCCACCAAGCGGCAGUGUGACCUUAAGCACGGACGGCCUUGUUACGUCUGCCAGCUUCCGGUGUGUGACGGGCUACAGCACCAAUUCGACCACCGUCACUUUAUGUGGCACGGACGGUGACUGGGACCUCCCGAACCCCUUCUGUGUCUGCGACCCGCCCAAAGCUAUUAUAAACGGCGGUUAUGUGCUCAUGCACGGGGAGAUGGCGGUCAACUACACGUGCGACUCAGGGUACGAGCUAGUGGGCGGCGGCUUCCGCCUCUGUUCCACGGACGGCACCGGCUGGAACGGCACCGACCCUAGAUGCGACUACAUCGAGCCAACGACGCCUGCACCCCGGAAGUCUCAGGACGACACAGUGUUGUCCAUUCCGCCGCCGGCCUUCAUAGCGGUUGUGGUGCUCGUGUUGCUGCUCCUUGUUGCCCUCGCCAUUACCGCCGCCUGUUGUUGGCUGCGAUACCGGAAGGAGCGGUAUCGCGUAUCGGCCGCAAUCAUUCCCAACGGGGCGGCUGGGUCACACUUCAAUACCGUCAAUCCAGAUGUCACCAACAGUAAAAGUUUAUUGCUAAACGAAGAGUCUGAUAAAAACACUAAAACAACAUUCAAUGCAAAAUCACUGCACGGCAGGGCGCUGUCUACACCAUCCGUUGAUAAAAACAACGGUGCGAUUGUUGAAAAUUCUGCCCCAGAAAUGUUAGCUGUAAAUUUGCCUGAGUAUGUCGGGACUCCGGCAAGGAAGAUUCCCCUAGCCGCCGUGAGGCUUCCGGCGCUAUCCCCUAGGACCGCUCCAGAGAAGCUACCAAAAUCUCCUACAAAAUCUACGCCAACAAAAUCUCCGUCAAAGACGGGCAAAACGCGCCGGAAGCGCCGCCGCAAAGAUGAAGAACGGAAGCCGCUAAGGCCGCCAACUGACACGAGUGCCUCUAACGGAUCCCUGUCGCUCCCGGAAACGACCACUUCUACGCCAAUAGAGAUCCAGCUGGGUCGGGGUGACACGCCCAUCAUGCUACAAUCUGACAACCUCGACUACAUUCAGCGCGUUUAUUGCCACGAGAUGGAUACGCCGCUGCCAAGCCGCCCUGUGUCCGGCGUCGAACAAAGCCGAACGCUGUCCGCCAUCCAGAGAAUGAUGAACCGUACAUCAAGCACGGAAAGCUCUGUAUAAUAAAACAUUGGCGUUGAAUUUUAUAUAAUAUUUUUUUCAGAAUAUAUAUAUAUAUAUAUCAACAUGUGUAUUGUAUAUGAAUAAUUGAGUGUAGAAGUCGGUUCCAUGUUUAUGUGCGAGCUGCACAAACACGUACCGUUUUGUUACUUCUUACUCAUUCAGGGUCAUUAGAUUAGAUUUGGUGUUUUCGUUUUCACAGUGCUUUUAAAACACAAGUACCUCAUCUUUAUAAAUCUGCCUAUUGUCGGUGCACAAUAUAGCUAAUCUCGAAUAAGUCGAUUUUUUUUUGUUAAAUUCAUAUCCUUGUAUCGGCUAUAUAUAAGUGCAAUUAUUAGUGUUCUUGUCAUUCAAGAUGAACCUUAUUUUAUUUUAUCUAAACUCAUCACACUGUUGCUAUCGCAUGUGCCUUAAAGGGGCAGAUUUAAAUGGAAAUAGCCUUAUGAUUUAUUAAACAUUUAUUAGCCAUUCUAAAGCCUAUGAAAUAUAUCACAAAUCUGCAUACAUUAAAAUAGUGAUGCAUUUAAAUGACCAAAAAACAACAACAUUAAAAUACUAGUAUCUUAAAACAAAUCCUUCUACAUGUAUGAACGUAUUCAGUCAUAUAUACUAUGGAGCUUAGUUAUCAUUUGUUCAGCAAGUGUAUGAGAUAUACUCAGUCAUUGGGGGGUUGCAAUUAAAUAGAAAGCUGCAUGACCAUACUGUAGACCAUACUGUAGACCAUACUGUAGACCAUACUGUAGACCAUACUGUAGACCAUACUGUAGACCAUACUGUAGACCAUACUGUAGAAGGUUUGACGGAUUCAAAGUAUCGGUCAUCUCCUUGCAUCAACAAAAUAUAUUCACCAAAUAUGAAGAUAUGUUUUAAUAUAAUACACAUCAAUGUGACACCUUUUCUUGGGGCAUAGGGAGACCAAUUUUAAUUUUAAUAGAAACUUAUUCAUUUUAACGUGAAGUGAAAUACAUAAGAGUUAAAAAUACUUAAAUUAUUCCAUAAUAUUAUACGAGUUUUGCGUUUUAAAACAUAAAGAACAAUUGGUUUAUUUAUCAUAUGAAAAUGUUUACACAAUUAUACACGUUAUAACAUAUUUAUGAUAAGCAAAUUGAGGUAGAUGGCGGCCGAGGUCCUUUAUAUACAUGCAUUUUGAUACUUCUUGUGUAUGACAUUAUCAUAAUGAUGAUUCAUUUCAAAUUGCGAUAUUUUUUUUGCUUUAUAAAUUCGUCCAAAUACUUACACAGUUGUGAUAUUUCCGUGUGAUAUGAUCUUAAACUUCUGUCAGUGGACAUUUACGUGUGAUAUGAUGUUAAACUUCUGUUAGUGGAUAUUUACGUGUAUUAUGAUGUUAAACUUCUGUCAUUGAACAUUUCCGAGUAGCAUGAUGUUAAACUUCUGUCAUUGGACAUUUACGUGUGAUAUGAUGUUAAACUUCUGUCAGUGGACAUUUACGUGUGAUAUGAUGUUAAACUUCUGUCAUUGGACAUUUACGUGUGAUAUGAUGUUAAACUUCUGUCAGUGGACAUUUACGUGUGAUAUGAUGUUAAACUUCUGUCAGUGGACAUUUACGUGUGAUAUGAUGUUAAACUGCUGUCAGUGGACAUUUCCGAGUAGCAUGGUGUUAAACUUUUGUUUUAACAUUUCUGUAUAAUAUUAUGUUCUAAUUCUGUCAUAGAACGUUUCCGUGUGAUAUGAUGUUGAACUUCUGUCAUUGAACGUGUCCAUGCAACAUGAUGUUGAUAUUUCCGUGUAACAUGAUGUGUAUAUUCUGUCAUUGAACGUAUUCGUUUUAUAAUUAUGAUGUUCAACUUCUGUCAUUGAACGUUUCCGUGUGAUGUAAUGUUCAACAUGCACUGUAACAUUAUGUGUAUAUUCUGUCAUUGGAGAUUUCUGUGGCAUAUGAUGUUAAACUUCUGUCAUUGAACGUGUCCGUGUGAUAGAAUGUUAAACUUUUGUCAUUGAACGUGUCCGUGUGAUAUGAUGUUAAACUUUUGUCAUUGAACAUUUUCGUGUUUUAUGAUGCUAAACCUUUGUCAUUAAACGUGUCCGUGUAACAUGAUGUUGAUGUUUCCGUGUAACAUUACAUGUAUAUUCUGUCAUUGGAGAUUUCUGUGUCAUAGGAUGUUAAACUUCUGUCACUGAACAUUUCCGUGUGAUAGAAUGUUAAACUUUUGUCAUUGAACGUGUCCGUGUGAUAUGAUGUUAGACUUUUGUCAUUAAACGUGUCCGUGUUAUAUGAUGUUUAAAUUUUGUCAUUGAACGUGUCCGUGUUAUAUUAUGUUAAACUUUUGUCAUUGAACGGGUCCGUGUUAUAUUAUGUUAAACUUUUGUCAUUGAACGUGUCCGUGUGAAAUUAUGUUAAACUUUUGCCAUUGAACGUUUCCGUGUGAUGUGAUGUUAAACUUUUGUCAUUGAACAUUUUCGUGUUUUAUGAUGCUAAACCUUUGUCAUUGAACGUGUCCGUGUAACAUGAUGUUGAUAUUUCCGUGUAACAUGAUGUUAAACUUCUGUCCUUGGACAUUUCCGUGUAACAUUAUGUGUAUAUUCUGUCAUUGAACGUUUCCGUGUGAUAUGCUGUUAAACUUCUGUCAGUGGACAUUUCCGUGUGAUAUGAUGUUCAACUACGUAUACCCUUCAGGCAAUUGUAUCAUCUUUAAUACUAAAACAAUAAAUCAACAAUGGAA